AUGCAGUGGAGGAGUCGAUUGUCACCCUCCCUGCUGCAGGCGACCAGGACCAUCCAGAAGUGUGACGCUUGCCUUCCGCCGCACGAGCGCGCGGGAGUUGACGUAUGCCGCGAGUGUCGCGCCAGCUUCGACGGUGGACGGCUGCCUAAAGCCUGCUCGGUCAACAAUAUGGCCAUCGGUUGCGAACAUCGGUACCCUGGCGAGCUUGAUGACCUCUCUCCCGUUGAGGAGAGACUCAUUGCCUUGCAUGCGCCCUUUGGCUAUAUCACCAAGUUCACAGUCGACAACAAGACCCGUUCGGGAAUUAGCUACCGCAAGCACGUGAAAGGACAUAUCGUCGUCUUUCCGAACAAGGUGGACGAUCUUGUGGCCACGGUUCUUCCCCAUCCCUUACUGCAGGCCAUUGAGAACAUCCACGUCUCUUGGAGCGGUUCGGCUAAGCCUGGCUCCGCAGACGUCAGACACCUGCUUCAGGUGCGCAGAUCUCGAGUGGCAGCUGCCCUGGCAUGGCUGCAGAGGAACAACCCGCUUUACGAGGAUAUCGCGAUCAACCAAGCAGAGAUAGACGGCUGGCAGUAUGCCGACGGCUCCAGUGUUCCGACUCUCAUCAUGGACCGCAUGCGAAGAGAGGAACCGUCGACCGUUGAGAAGACACAAACGGACCACAUAGUCCCGGAUACUGAUCGAGGCUUGGAGACUCAACCCUUCCCUGGUGACCCGGCGACUCCUGUCCCCGACUCGGCUGCCGUCGGCCUGGAAGUUGACACCGUCUGUGAGACGUCGACGUCCGGCAUGUUUCCUCUCGAUGGACCGGCUGCCUUCGCGGAGACCGAUAAACUGUCGUUUCUGGCCGACAUCGUCAACACCAAUCCGGACCGACAUGGCAUCUCUGUGCCACUUGAGCAAGCCUAUGCGAACUUGACCGAGGACCGGCUGAAGAGGGCCGAGGCGGAGAUGCGGGAGACAAGGACAACGUCGGACCCCGACAUAUCGGUCUUGCUUCGCGAGCUGUCGAUCUUUGGCUAUGCACAGCCGCUCUCGAACGAAUCCCGUUUACUUAUGCGGAGGAAGAUACAAGCUCUAGACAUCCGCGCCGGUAUGCCUGCAAUCUGGAUUACUAUCAGUCCUAACGACAUUAAUAAUCCGGUAAAGAUGAAGCUUGCCAUUCAUAGGCUCCACGAUUAUGAGUCUGCAAAGGAACUUUUGGCCGAUCUCCAUGAAAAGUACGACAGAAUCGCCCUCAGCACCAUGGAUCCAGUUAGCUCGGCCAUCUUCUUCCAUCGGGAAGUAUCCUUAUUCUUUGAAAAGUACGUCAAUGCGGGCCAGGAGUCGGUAUUCGGGAAGAUUAGCCACUACUACGCCACGGUGGAAACGAACGAGCGAGGCAGCCUCCACUUGCAUGGACUUCUCUGGCUGGACGGCAACAUGCGGUUACCGAACCUGAUAGGCGACAUGGCCAAUCCCGCGGAAGAAGCAUAUCGUGCCCAGGUGAUCCGAUACGUAGACUCCGUCUUUCAUGAGUCACCUUGGAAAAUCGUCGACGAGACGGGGUUCACAGAGGACGGCCUGCUUCAGAUCCGGCGCAACCACCCACUCGUCAAUCGGUAUAACAAGUCAUUGGCGGUCGGCCUUCGCCAUAAUCACGACGUCUCGAUGAUCUUGACCAAAACCAAGGGCCUGGCCAUGGUGUACUACAUCACGAACUACGCCACCAAACUGGAAACGCCGAUGUGGAAACGCAUUGCUCUUGCCGCCGAGGUUGCCCGCCAACUUCGCGAAGCCGGUGGUACGAGGCUUCGCACGCCAGGUCCCACCCUGCCCGACGACAGGCAGCAGGUAGUUUUGAAUGAAAGCCGUCAGUUCCUGAUGAGAACGGCAAAUCGGAUCUUCUCCGAGCGACAACUCUCGGCUGUGGAGGUCUGUUACCAUCUACUUGGAUAUGACACCGACUUUACCAACGUGCCGCAUUGGUCUUUCCUGAACCUGACGGCGCUCUACUGGACAAUCUUUCGGCUAUGGGCGCAUCUCCGCCAUCAGGCCGGCGAGCUCACGGACGCCGAACAGCCCCCGGAGACCAUCCCUCUGAGGCAAGGAGGGCGAACCCUUCUAUGCCUAGAUGUGUACGCCUACCGCGGUCAUGUUCUACAAGACUUAUGCCUGUAUGACUACAUGUCAAUGGUUCACUUGCUUCGACGGCCCGACCAGUACGCCGUCCCGAUCUUCCAAGGAUACAUCAGCGACGACCAUGAGGACGAUCACCCAGUGUAUGUUAAGCGAAAUUCUGUCCUACAUUUGGCGUUAUUCGUCCCUUGGGAAAACUUCAUUUCUGAGAGCCAAGGCGAUAUAACCAGCAUAUGGACGAGGCAUCGAGCGGGGCUUUGUCCUCGCCUCCGUUUCCAUGUCUCCAAUAUUUGUCUUUUGAGAAAGUCUGCCGAGGAUGCGCGCAAGGACGCGAAGCUCUGGGCCAGUCGAUCGGAGGGCGACGACACAAUUGACGUCGAGUACCCACUUGACGCUGGCCGCUGCGAAGAGGAGCCUCCAGCGAUGGCUCAUCGUCAGGCCUACAAAGCUCUACCCAGAUUUUGCGAAAUGCCGUGCAGGAUACAGACGCCACGAAAGACUCACCCGUCCUUGGAGGUUUAA